UUAAACAAUUUAGUGUUAUAUUUUAAAAUGGCGAAGUUGGUAGUUUUAGUGUUGUGUGUUGUGCUUGUGUACACGAUAUCGGCAAAGUAUGUCGAUAAAAGGAAGUGUCCUGAAGUUAGAGCAGUGCCACAUUUCGAUUUGCCACGGAUGUUGGGCGACUGGUUCGUAGUAGAAUAUUAUGCGAGCGCUGAAGAGGCUCUUUCGUACAGCUGUAUGAAAGCUGUUUUCACUGAAGACGACCACGUUCCUACCGCAGAUGGUUCCAUAGAGUUUACUCCAGGAGUUACAAUGAACUUCACCUACCGUUUCGCUGACGAUCCUCUGGGCGAGAAUCUGCUUGGCAACAUCACUUGGAGGGUCGAUUUAAAUGAACCAGCACAUUGGACACAUGCCGAAAAGACAUAUGAUGGUAUAUACAACACAUAUGUACUAGAUACAGAAUAUAAGACAUGGGCACUACUCCUUCACUGCGCAGAGCAGACGGAAGGCGCCAGAUAUUUGAGCGCAUUCGUCCUAUCACGAAACACAACGCUGCCGAAGAACGUCAUGGCUUAUUUAAGGGAUAAGUUGCCAAGAUACGACGUUGACGUCAACUACGUGUUCCCGAUCCCACAUAAAGACUGUUCCACAAAACCACCCAUGUUCGAUUACUCGCCUAUUCUUGUGGAAGUUGGUAGCAAAGUUCCGAAGCGGCCAGGAGUUAGCUACAAAGUGGCAUUUGGACAUUAAAUACCUAGUAUAUUAAUAAAAA